AUGGUUCGCGAAGGAUACCAGCCCCCCACCGCCGGCGCCGGCCCCCGCGGCUCGACACACACAGGCCACGAGGUCCGCACCCAGAUGACCUACAUCUGCGGCGACUGCGGCAGUCGCGUCUCGCUGGCCAAGGAUGCCGCCGUCGCUUGCAACCAGUGCAUGGGCCGUGUCCUCUACAAGGAGCGCACGAAGCGCAUGGUCCAGUUCGAGGCGCGGUAG